AUGUCCAACAAAGGAGAAACAAAUGAAACCACCCAUGAGUCACUCCAUGAAGCCGCAAAAAGCGGCGAUCUCGAAGCUGUCAAAAUACUUCUCGACAACGGAGCAGACAUCCACGUGGUAGACUCACUAGGCUCCUCACCUCUUCAUGCUGCAGCAGAACAAGGCCACUGGGACAUCGCCCGACUCCUCCUAGAAAAGAGCAUGUCACCAUGGGCCCGAGAUGCCAACGAUGCACUCCCUAUCCACAACGCCGCAAAAGGCGGCCAUCUAGAGACAGCCCGACUGCUCCUCGAAUGCGACCGAGCGACAGGAAGUUCUUUCAACAAACGAGGCGAGACACCGUUACACUUUGCUGCUAAAAGUGGAAACACAGAACUAGUUCAGCUCCUAAGCUUCAACCCUCGACAAAAUCCUCCGCCCUUGGCGAAACGGUCACCACGAAGUCUGCAAACUUCUCAUACAAUACGACGACGCCCAUAA